GAUUCAUUGGCAAUUUGGAAUAGCGCAGUGCAUGACCUUUAGUUUCCGCAAUUCAUGCACAUGGCUUAACGGACGCCUUUGUAAAAAACACUCAUCUUAGUGAACAUUUGCUGCAUAAUUGUCUUACCGCUGUACCUAUCAGCGGUGCUACGAAUAUAAGUGCUUGCUACACUCAUUUUUUCUUGUGAAAGUUAAUCCGAUCCUGUUAAAUUAGCCAUGCUGCUGAUGCUGAGUUACAAAGGCACGGCAACUGGCUGGAUGAUCCGACGGUUGAUCAUUCUGCAGCUUAUGCAUUACGUACUAUUUAUGGUGUGCGAUGCAACAUCCGCAACCGACGCAACAGGAAUCCCCAUCAACAGUAUUGCCGUCUGCAUUACUAAUUGUGCACAGUGUCAUGAUCUAAUUGGCAACAUCUUCGACCAUCGCACUUGCAGCAAGGACUGUGUCCGGCGUCGGGCGUCCUUUCUGCCGGACUGCACGGACCCCAACAGUAUUCGCGAUUAUCUGUCACUCGGCUCCAGUCAGCCCAAGAUCAAUCCGCGUUUCCGCACACGCUAAUUCCAUUGACGGUCAGUGUGCUGGCUGUUACGUACGUUUUGUACUUUGCCACUUGCCAGCAACCAUCUUGCCAAUGUGAUGUCGUCAUGUGCGCUUUCUGGGCACUUGCAGCAAAUGUGCGUGUAUAGACGAAAUGAGAAACUGCGUAGGCUUGCGGCGAUUUUGUUCCCGGGAACGGUUACGUACUCUUACGUUCUUUUGCUUUUCCACUAAGAUUGUUCCAAUAUUUAAAUUCAAUUUAUUAUGCGGGAAUUACAGCCGACUGCUGGUUAACUGCAUUGACGUUUUUUAUGCUUUCUUUUCUGACAUAAAUAUGUUGCUUUUUUACUCAUUGUGAGGUUUAACUAUGUACGUCUUUGCAAGUGCAGUCAUGUGGCAUGCGAGUGUUCUAGUGACAGUUGCAAUC